CGGAACGGAUCCGGUUCACAAAAAUGGACAAAACCGCGAAACGCCAUCGGGUGCCUCCGGAUUCAACGAGCUCGCAGCAAUGCAUUGAACAACCCAAUUUAAGCAUUAACGACCUUGUGGAGGUGACGAAACAGUCGACGGGCGUAGCGGAAGGGGCGGUGUGGAUGAUCCACAAAAUCACAGCCACCGUCAUAAAAGUCCGCAUCGGGGGAGACUUGGUAGCUGUACCGCCAUCUAACUUGGCAUUGUACCAUGCGACCAAGUCUCUCCUGAUGCACGGGACCUCUACCCGCUACCCGGGCUACAGGGAAUGCGAGCGGUGCCGCUGCGUGCUCGAGAACCCCAGGUUAUACACAAACCACAUACGCAAGUACAACCUCCUGGACUGCGCCCUGCUGCCACUGUGCGCAGGGUGCCUCAAAGAGCAGACGGGAAACUCAAGUCAUGGGAAUUUCUGCGACAACAUCGGGUUUAGCAGGCUAAACCGGGUUUGUUUUUUGUGUAACAAAAACUAA